AUGUCGCACCGCCCGCGGAAAUUCCAGCGCAUCUCCAAAGCCUGCGAUUUUUGCAACCGCCGCAGCAUCAAGUGCAAUAAGAACAAUGGCUCCCUUGCGCCCUGCCAGAACUGCGCCGACUUCGAUGUCCCCUGCACCUAUGAUCGGCCCGCCCGCCGACGCGGCGCUCGAAGGAAUGCCAGUCCUGCCUCCAGCCAGUCGAUGCAACCCACUGCCGCCCAUCCCACACAUCCCGCACUGCGAGCGCCCCGCGAUGAAGACCCUACCCGCACCGGCUCCGUUUCCAGCACGGUUAUGCACUCUCGUACAAGCAAUGCCUCGUGGGAUGGUGUCACCGGGACUCACGCUGCGGUCGCCGGUCUGAAUGACGGUGGGUUGGUCAAUCCUUGGAAGGCAUUUGCGACCGCCUGCAAGGGAACCAUUCAGGACUUGGCGCAGGUCUACUUUGAAAUCGUAUAUCCUAUAUUUCCCCUGUUCCAUUGGCCCACAUUUACAAAAGCCCUCGAGAAUAUGGACUACCUCCACGAUGAAGGCCUUUUCGUCUCGACAAUGGCAAUGUGUGCGUUGGCGUCAGCCCGCGCUCGCGAUGGAGCUUUGUACACAAUGCGAUGGGAUCCACACCAGCUGGCCAGUCCUCCGUCGGAAGUCUUUUGCACCGCCGCGAAAGAAUCGAUUCCCCGUGACCUCGCCAGUGCCAGAGGCACGGAGUACAUGCGGGCAUCUGCCCUCUUAAGUAUCGUUAGUAUUCAACAUGGGCAGAUUCACGGUAUGCAGCAGUACCUCGGCAUUUACCACACACUCGCGACGAUGGAGGGGCUCCAGGAUGAGAAGUUCUGGCCCAAAGAUCUGGAUCCCAUCUCUGUCGAAAUCCGGCGAAGAAUGUUCUGGUCUAUCUACACAUUGGACGUGUAUUCAUCCAUCGUCUGGGGCGGGGUCAUUCGUCACCGAGAAGCGCAGUCAAAUGUCCGGUAUCCUGGCGAACUAAGAGACGAUUUUCUGAUAAAUGCCAAAUCUGCUGCACCGUCGCCAGAUGAAAACGGCGGUUUGGUUGGGCAUGCACCGUGGGAUGACUGGAUAAAUGGCUGGAACUUCAUCACCGAUAUGUAUCGUGUCUUGGAGCAUGCCGUCGAUAGCCAGAGACGGCGCACGACCCCCAACAACGGGACGACGGACGUUUGGCCAUUAUUUGGCCCGCCUCAGGUGGCGGGUUCCUGGCUCAUGGACCAUGUUGUAGCCUUGUAUGCGGCCCUUCCACCCCAGUUCCACGAAACUCGACCGGUCGUCGGUGAUCUGUCCCAGGACAUUUUCGGUUUCCAGUCGGCCAACAUCCAAGCAACGCUCCAGCUGCUGCGGAUGGUUGUGUCUUCGAAUGGAGACCAGGGCGUGAAUGAGAAAUGUGACGUCGCAGGACAGGUCUUGAGUGUUUUCUCAAAGGUCCCGGUUGAAUACCUCAAAGCUAUCAGUUCUCCAUUGCUGCACCACCUCGCUGGUAUCGGGUACAUUCUCGGCUCGGUAAUGGAAGGAAGUCUAUCAGAGGCUUCUUAUAAUCGCGCCCGGAACCUUCUCCUGGAAAUGGCCGACCUCCUGCAUCGAUUAGAGUCGGGUCUCCGCCGCUCCACCGGCACGAGCGAGCGACUCAGAGCACAAGUGGGUCGUAUUGACGAGUACAUGGUUUCCAAGCGAUACACGACCACGCUCCCUCCACAUCCACAACCACCUACAGCUCCCCAUACGGGCAUGGAUAAGGAGGACCUGGCCUCGCCGCUGUAUCAACAACCAAACCUCACACCUAUCCAGACCCCUAUCACCGGUAUUGAUGACCCUGUCGCUCAAUUCCAGCUGCCACCUGAGUUGUUGAAUGAUUGGCCGUGGCCGUUUGAUUCUGGUUUCUCGUCUGGGGGGAUCUUUCCCCUUGCUUUCGUGGGGUGA